AUGCCCCCCGGUGAACUACCAGCUAGCCUGGUCGCAGGCAACCCCAGCGGCCGUCCUACCGUCAACACCUCGGGCUACGGGGCUAGCUAUACAAAAAACACACCUACCUCUCCCGAAGACAGUCUGAUUCCAUUCGAAUCACCAACCACACGAACUGGUGGCCCAAGUCCAAUCACCCCAGUGAACCAAGAGGAUGGUCGUUCGAGUCGCGGGCUGGGUCCCGACCAGGCCAGCUAUCGCGACCGUUCAACACACUCGGCCCCUCGAGACAGAUCGCGAGCGAACGGGCGUCAACACAACAAGUCCCCGGGCGGCUCAUCGCGCCUGUGCCAGAAAUGUGGUGAAUCACUCACCGGUCAGUUUGUGCGGGCCCUAGGGGGCACUUUUCAUCUGGAGUGUUUUAAGUGCGAGGAUUGUGGUGAAAUCGUUGCUUCAAAGUUCUUCCCCGUGGACUCGGAGGAUGGGAGCUGCCAAUUCCCGCUGUGUGAAACCGAUUACUUUAGACGACUGAGUCUCCUUUGCCACGAGUGUGGUGGAGCGCUACGGGGGUCAUACAUCACUGCGCUGGACCGCAAAUACCAUAUUGAGCAUUUUACUUGUUCAGUGUGUCCGACCGUCUUUGGUGCCCAGGACUCCUACUACGAACACGAAAGCAAGGUCUACUGUCACUUCCAUUACUCCACUCAGUUCGCCCAGCGGUGUCACGGGUGUCAUACUGCGAUUUUGAAACAGUUCGUUGAGAUCUUCCGCAACGGCCAAAACCAACACUGGCACCCCGAGUGCUAUAUGAUUCACAAGUUCUGGAACGUCAGAUUAUCUCCCGCGGGUCAGACAUGGGAGCCUCCACCGGUGGAUGAGGAUGCGAGUGAGGAAGAACGCAAACAGAUUCGUGAAGAGGAAGACAUCAUGGAGGAGAAGGUUUUCAACAUCUGGAACACACUCUCAACGUUUGAGGAAUCCUCUGCUGCUUGCAUCUCCGACAUGCUACUCCAUGUCAGCAAUGGCGCUUAUCUUGACGGCGUGCUUGUCGCCAAACGCUUUAUUGGUCACGUCGAAAUUCUGUUUGGCGCGGUAGACCAACUAGCGAACUACAUUAAAUCCCACGAGUUGAAGGGUGAGUCCACCGAUCCCUUGGAUUCAUCUGAACCAACGGCUAAUGUCACAUCAGAACUGUCUUAUGGCCGUGAAGCCAAGCUUCUCUGCAAGAAGAUUGUCGCUUUCUUCGCUCUUCUGUCGAAAACGCAAGAGACCGGGGUGCGCAAACUCGGCGUCACACAAGAGCUUCUGUCUUUGGUGACUGGUCUUGCUCAUUACCUCAAGCUCUUGAUCCGCAUUGGAUUGCAGGGUGCACUCAAACUGGAGCGAGAGAAAUCUUCACCUGAUGGCUUGCAUAACUUCCUGGAGCAUCUCCGUGAUCUUGAAUCACUCGCAGAACUGGAAGAUGAGAAUGCCCCACUCGAUCUUAUGGCUGGGGUAGAGGGGUUGGCCGAUCAGCUGUCAGAUUGCUGCAUUGCCUGCAAAGAACCGAUCGAUGACGAGUGUGUUUUGUUAGGACAGAGUCGUUGGCACAUCAAGCCACCUCAUCUUUCAUGCUCUACAUGCGAGAAAGAUUUGACUGACGAACUCUCCGAUGCAUUAUGGAGUGAAGCUGAGGAGCAGGCCUACUGCAGCGACUGUGCCACUCGGAAGAAUCUUGGUUCCACUGUACGAGGUGGUUUCAUCCCAGUCUCAAAGCUGCAGCAAUUCAUCUUCCUGCUGAAGGUGGCACUGGCUCGACUUCUCGCUGUACUUCGGUCUGGAGGAACUUUGCCCCACACCUCAGACGACCCUAAUUUGCAGGGAUACAACGACAAUGGGGGUCACCGGACGCCCGGCGACGUUCGCCGCGCUAACACACGCUCUCAAUCUUACACUGGUGGCUCCCGAGAUGGUCUGGAAGAAUCGUCCCUUGAGCAGACCGUGGGUGAGAUGCGGCGACUGCGCUCUAUUCGCAAUGAGCGGACUCUUUCCACAACAUACAAGAGGGCCCGCGCAUCAAGGAUCAUUGAUGGCCCGGAGGGAAGAAGUGCCCGACCAGGAUCCUCCGGUAACGAUGGAUCUGAUCCAAGGGGUCCUGGAUUCCAGAUCGUUGAGGAAAGAGAUGCGAAUGGCGAUACUGUCACCGAUUUGACAUUCGGUACACAAGAUGCUUUGACGCUGGACGAUAUUCCACGCAUCGUUGCGGCCGAGCAAGCCAAGGAGCAGCGACCCAAUGCAUACAAGCAUGCCGGCACAAAGCUUGUCGGUGGGAUAGAACCGAUGCCCAGAUACAACCGCGGCCAUCAACGCGGGGUGUCGAGUGGAAACCUGGAGGCACUCAUGGAGCCUACCCGGUCCAAGCGAUACUUCUCUGAACUGACGGCUUUGGAGUACUUCAUCGUCCGUCACGUUGCUGUGUUACAGAUGGAACCCCUGUUGGAAGGUUAUUUCAACAUGGAGGAGUUGCUCUCACUUAUUGAGUCGCGCAAACCCACCAUUUGGAACAUCUUUGGUCGCGCCUUCAAGGAUAACAAGAAGGGCGGCAAGAAGAAGGGUGUCUUUGGUGUUGGUUUGGACUACUUGGUUGAAAAGGAGGGCACAGAGUCAAGCCACGGUGUUGGCCCUGGUGCGCUCCGCAUUCCAACGUUGGUUGAUGAUUCUGUUUCCGCCAUGCGGCAGAUGGACAUGUCAGUGGAGGGUGUCUUCCGAAAGAACGGCAACAUCCGGCGACUGAAGGACAUUGCGGAGUUGAUUGACACCAAAUAUGACCAAGUCGAUUUGACAAAGGAGACUCCUGUGCAGAUUGCAGCACUCUUGAAGAAAUUCCUUCGUGAGAUGCCUGAUCCCCUUUUAACAUUCAAGCUUCACCGACUCUUUGUCAUCUCACAAAAACUUCCCGACCCUGAGAAGCAGAAGCGAGUACUGCACUUGUCAUGCUGUCUGCUACCUAAAGCUCACCGUGACACGAUGGAAGUCCUCUUCGCAUUCUUGAACUGGACGUCAUCCUUCUCGCACGUGGACGAGGACUCUGGGAGCAAGAUGGACAUUCACAAUCUUGCAACUGUCAUCACACCCAAUAUCCUCUACCCCAAUGCUAAGAACAGCACUGUGGAUGAGAGCUUCUUGUCUAUUGAAGCUGUCAACGCCCUGAUCACGUAUAACGACGCCAUGUGCGAGAUUCCGGAAGACCUGCAACAGAUCUUAAGCGAUCAGACUCUUUUCAGGGAGAAUGCCGAAGUGACGACCAAGGAAAUCCUGAAACGGUACGGUGAUAUUGCACGAGGCAGCUUCUCACAGAAACCUGAGAACGGCGGUGAAACAUUCACUAUUACCACGCCCAACCGCAACAACAGCGCCCCAGCUUCCGCACGCAUCGAGACCGACCCCUCUCAGGACGCGGCCUGGCAAAUGCAGAGCUCAGUCCGCCAUGUGCCAGGGCCCAGCAGUCACACGCACUCCGCCAGCGCUAACCCCCAAGCUGGCCUCGACUUUGGCCCGCCUCCAGCGGCUUAUCACCGUGACCGUAGCACCAGCAACGGCAGCCAGCCAAAUGCCGGUGCACCCGAUGCUCAACCCCAAAAUGUUGCAUAUCGACCGCGUCCAAGUCCAGGCGCCAUGGGCGUUACCGGAUAG